AAUGCGCCUUCUUCUUCCUUCAGGUCGGGAUCAUGCCAUCCGCCCUUACAACGACUACCGCGCGCUGUGCAACCUCAAGAGAGCGACCACGUGGGACGACCUGUCGCGCGAGAUCCCCGCCGAGGUGAUCGCCCGUCUGCAGCGCAUGUACCCGACCGUGGACGACAUCGACCUGUUCCCCGGAGGACUGUCGGAGCGGCCACUCCAGGGUGGGCUCGUCGGGCCCACCUUUGCCUGCAUCAUCGGCAUCCAGUUUAGGCAGAUCAGAAAAUGUGACCGUUUCUGGUACGAAAACGAUGACCCGGUCAGCCGUUUCACUGAAGCUCAGCUGGCGGAGAUCAGGAAGGCGACACUGUCCAAGAUUCUCUGCGCCAACCUGGACGCCGAAAGCGACAUGCAGCGCUCGGCCCUGGACCAGCCCAACAACUUCCUGAACCCCCGCCUUCCGUGCCACUCGCUGCCCAGCAUCGACCUCAACGCCUGGCGGGAGACCCACCAGGGCUGCAACAUCGGCGGCCGGUCCGUGGCCGUGGGAGAGUCGUCCCUGCCGUCGCCCUGCACGUCGUGCAUCUGCACCGAGGAGGGCGCGCAGUGCGCCUCGCUGCGCAUCACGGACUGCGGCCAGCUGAUGCGCGAGGCGAGCCGCGACUCGAUCCUCCGCGACGACGUGUGCAUGGCGCAGUGCGGCUUCCUCCUCGAGCCCAUCGACGCGGCUGCGGCGCCGGCCUCCGGCCCCGACCUGGGCCCCUCGCAGCACAUCGAGUUCACGACGGCGCCCAGCCGCCGGCCCGGGUCCGGGCGGCAGCUGCCCCCGGAGCUGCUCGCCCCGCCACCACCCUUCCGGAGAGGGCCCGGCGGCCCACCACCACGCGCCUCCCGGAGGAACCCCCGCGUCCUGAGGCCGCCGCCGAACGGAGGCUUCUCGGGGCUCAGGAUUCCAGACUUCUCCAGCAUCAUCGGAUGACGGGAAGGAGCUCAAAUGAAUUUGUGAUAAAGGGAAUGCCAUGCUAUUCCCGACCUUGCUCUUAGUGUGCUCUCCACGGCCGACCACCCUGCCUUACCAGUGAGAAAAGUGUCGUUUGGACAACGAUUUGACACUCAUUGAUGCAAAUCACUAAGUUAUUGUUUUCUGCCAUUUUCUAUUAUUUUACAUCUUAUUUAGUCUUGCAGCUCUCAAUCAACUUCAAAGGCCUGAGUUCAAACGAACAAAAGUGAUACAGGCGAGGGAGGUACAACAGCCGGUGGUGGAAGUUAGUAUAUCAAAGAGUUGAGGGUCAAAUAGUCGAGAGUAGAGACGUGCUUCAGGCGGGACUGAAUGGCACGCUAGUGACUGACGACGAGGACAUAUACGAACAAUGGCAAAUGGAAAGCACCAUAAACAAUUUUUGGCAGAUGCGAAAUUCAUAUCUGAAUUUACGUCCAACGUAUAUUGUCGAACUAGAAGACUGACCUUUUUUUUUGUUUUGUAUGUUUUUGUAGAGUUUUUUUUUCUGUAGGGUUUAAUACUUAAAAGAGAUAGUGGGACACAAAGUCAUUGAGGUGUCUCACUGUUCUCACCUUCUUAUCUCUAUGCCCCUAUUUGUAAUUAUAUGUGGCCUGACUUGUUAUAACAUGAGAACAGACUUGGCAGGAAACGUAUUUUAAGAGACAGUUCUAAUUCUUCUUCUGAGUACUGAACUAUUAGGGAUUGGUUGAUUUUUCUUUCCUUCCCUUUUCCUUGCUCUUUGAUCCGUUUCCUUCUAAGUCUACUCCUGGCAACAAAAAGUUUCAAUAAUAAUUUUCAUUACUAACAUUUUGCCUCUCAUCGCUCUGUACAUUUGCAUUGUGUACAUUGUAUACAUGUAUACAUAAUUGAAAUAUGCUCAAGGAAUUUAUUUUUAACUUACUUCUUAAAACCACUUUCUCUAAUGUAUGUAUAUGUGUCAUAUUUGUUUUCUUUUGUAAAUAUUAUUUGUAAUACAACAUUGUAAUAGUUAACAUGUUGAGUGCAUAUGGUUUUUCAUUCAGCUUCUGGGAAUAUUGUGACCACACUCAAUGUGUUAAUUAAUGGUUCUUUUGUACAGAGGAUGCAGUAGAGUGGGAUACUCUGAUUUCGGAAGUUUGAACUUGUCAUUAUUAGUUUCAAGGUACCUAUGGCUUUGUACGUACAGAAUGUAGCAAUGAAUCAAAGCAAAAUAUUAUCCUAGAAAACAUUGUCCAAAUUGGACGUGUAUAUAGGUCUACAGACCUGCAGGUCAACAAGAGAACUAUGUGUGCCAAGAACCUCUAGAAAGGGAAAAUGAAGUAUGUAAAUCAGAAUCACAUCAAAUAAAUUAUUGUGAACAAUAAUUUUCUUUUUUACAAACAGACUUAUUCAAAAGUACAGCAUACUUUCCCACGCCUCUCCAAAGAAAAAGGGGGCAGAGCAGGCAAGAGUACAAAUGGUUAUAACUGGGGACUGGAUGGAUGCCUAGGCUUCACAACGGACAUUACAAAAACAAAGUUGUGUGAAAAAAAGGCCAAACAUGGAAAAGGUUGACCAGCAUUUAAUUAAUCAGGCAGGUUUGAAAGUUGCUGCACUAAUUGUAUUACUUUAUCUGCUAUACAGAACAGUUCAAAGUCAAAGGAAUGACAGUACAGCUAAAUUGUUGAAGUACUAUCUCUGGCUCAACGUUACUACAAAAAAUCCCUACAAAAUGCUAAAAACUUUAAUCCAUGAUUGGUUCUGAUGAUGAGCUAAACGACGCGUCACAAAAUUUGCAUGACAAGCAAAUAAAGAUUUGAUCAGAGAGCUUCUAAGAAUAGACAGAUAAUAAAUAUUAUAAA